AUGACCUCCGCGGCUUGUGCGGCUCGAGCAUUUGUUUUGGCUCAUCAUGAUCAAAGACAAGGGCACACUUGCACCGCCUUUCAUUCGCCAGACCGUACGCCAACCUUGGCAGCCACAAAAGGGCCGGCAAAUGGCAAUCAAAAAAAUCCUCUGACAGAAGAAGAAAACCUUGCAAGGAAGAAGAAUCACGGUCCCCAAGCCAUCGUUGCGUUAGCUGCGACUGGCGACGCAAACCGACGACGACGCUUGGCUGGCUCCGUCCGUCUCACACGGCCUUGGUACCACCUGCGCAGUGCGCAACAGCCAGCAAAAAUAUACUCGACACUCCAAACUGCUGCUGCCGGCUGGCGAGCUAAUUUAAUCGGACCAGUGCAUAUCUCAAAGCCUCCCCGCGCUUCGCCGUCUUGCAUACAAUCGACCCACACUCAGCCUAGGCAAGUUGCAACUAAUAAGCGAUACGAUAUCCGACUUGUCCGACCAUGCUUCAAGCAAGCGAACACUAUCUUUGUCUUGUCACGCAUGGUGCAGAUGGCACAGCACAGGUGCAGUGAUCAUUAUUGUUACAAUUCUACUUUGCUCCAAACCGUUCGCUGGCUGUACCACACGCCAGGGCUUGGUAGUGCGAAUCAUUGCCUUUCCCAACCAAGCGAGGAAUCUGGAUCCAUCUCCCGGGACCACACCUUCACCUCGUUCUCAUCUGCCUUACCAAGCAUGCUGCUUCAAAGCAAUACAAAAAGCCUAUUAAGCGGUGACGAGUCAAAUAUCGUUUCGAUCGUUGUCCUUAUUCGACCCGAAGGCGUCGCAUCAUGUCUGAGUAUCUACCACUUGGCUUGA